GCAAAGCAGGCCUCUUCUGCGGGGCCCAUUUUGGUCCGUGGGAGCUGCGGGGCAUUAGGACCUGGCCAAAUCCAGCCACUUCCCCUCCCCUACUUGGAGGCUGCACAGGCUGCCCAGCAGCUGCCUCGACUCACAGCCCCACUUAAAAAUAGCCUGGGCUGAGCCUCUUGGGUGAGGCGCUGAUAUGGCGGCUGCCAGCUCCCCGUCUAGCAGGUUCCACCCCGUCCACGGGGCCAACGUCUGCCUGGAUCCGUCCCGCACCCGGGCCACCCGCGUGGAGAGCUUUGCCAACGGGCUGUGCUUCAGCCAGGAACCCCUGGCCCCAGGACAGAUCUUUCUGGUGGAGAUCGAGGAGAAGGAGCUGGGGUGGUGCGGCCACCUGCGGGUGGGGCUGACGGCCUGCGACCCCUCCAGCCUGGACGUAGUGCCGGAGUAUUCCCUGCCCGAUUUGGUCAACCGGGGCGACAGCUGGGUUUUUGCCAUCACCCGCAACCACAACCGGAUCACCCCGGAUGCCGCUGCGGAGCAGGCCUCGGGCAGAGUGCGGGGCUUUCUCUCCGACCCCUUUUUGCUGGUCGAGAACGUCAGGAUCCCCCGAGAGAAGCUGGUGGGGCGGAGCAGGCCCGGCCGGUACAGCCACAUCCUCGACAACCUGUACAAGAGCAACGUGCUCCCCGCAACAGCCAGGAGGAGCCGCAUUGGGGUGCUCUACACCCUGCAGCCCGACGGGACGGCCAACAUGCACAUGGUCAUCAACGGAGAGGACAUGGGGCCCAGCGCCAAGGGCCUCCCUGCUUCCCACCCCCUCUAUGCCGUGGUGGACAUCUUUGCUUCCACCAAGAGCGUCCGACUCAUCCAGGUGGAAUAUGGCUUUCCCUCCCUGCAGACCCUCUGCCGACUGGCCAUCCAGAAGCACGUGGCGCACCGGCUGGACAUCGACGGCCUCGACCUGCCGCCACUCCUGAAGAACUUGUGCAAAUACGAAUGAUGUUGUCCAGGCCGUGGCCGCGUCCUUCGCUCCUCCAAGGGCUUUGGGGGUUUUGCAGUCAGCACGGCAGGCGUGGAGACUUGUGCCACCAACAGACCACCUUGCUCCCAGAUCUUGCAGCCAUGGGGGGGGGGGGGUUGUCAGCUGCAAGCCACAACAGUGACCCCUGGGCAGGAGAGGUGGAUUUUACUGUCAAGAGCUUGUCACUUCAAGCACAGAUGAAAGGAAGUCUUGGUUAUGGGGGGACCUGACAGCCAUGUUUAAAUAUUUGAAGGGAUGCCAUGUCGAAGAGGGAGCAAGCUUGUUUUCUGCUGCCUCAGAGACCAGGAC